AGAUUACGAAUUUCUGCUAACAUUUCAAGUUUAAAUCCACGUGUUGAUCAGAAAUUCAAUCAUUUUACGUUAAAUGUAAAUCAACCUACUUAUUUCAAAAGAUUUUUUCGCAGUUUUAACACGCUUUCAAAAAUGGACCCCAACACGUGGCACUCCGGAAACGUGACUCUUGCCGAGAAGAAGCACGCGCUUUGCGCGCUACAGGAAACGAUCCGGUACUGCCGAACGCCCGAGGCCCUCACCCACUCAACAUCCCGCCUGGUGGCCUGUUUUUCCUCGGACCCGCAAGUGAUCCAACAGUGCUGCGAUCUGCUGGCACAACUGAUGACCAAGGACGGGUUUACGGUGGGGCUGGCCGGCGAAGCGCUGGGUCGCUUUCUGCGCUAUUUGCCGUUGUUUUUCAUGAGUGACGGCAACGGCGGGGCGAAGGAAAGGAUGGUUGCUGGUUUGGCGAAGCUGAUUCAGAGGUUUACCAAGAUCAUCAAUGCUAAUGAUCAAGUUGUAGCAGAGUUCCCCUUUGGUACACUGUUAAAUUUGAACCAAAUGAUCUUCAACGGUUCGCUGAACGGAUCUCGGCUAUUGUUUGACCUAAUUCUGCAAACGACGCAGCUUGCCUCAAGUCUACCAAACCGUUCUGACCACAUGGUUUCGAAGGACAUGAAGAAGUUUAUUGCUACCAGUUACAGCUGGCUUCGCAAUAGAACCAGCUCGUACACCGAUGUUCUCGACCUGUCCCGCUUUGCUGAUUGUCUACUCGAGACUUACUUGGGCGUCAACCCGAUGGCCAAACAGUACUGGGUUGAACUCCAGCUGGAGUUGAUCUACGGUACGAUCUUCGAUCGUCUUCUACCCGAUAACCGACCCGUCAUCGUCGAAUUCCUUCUGACUGUUUUGUACGGAUUUUUGAGACGCGAGUUGGACCUCGAUGUGAAGCUUGCCGUUCUACGAGUGUUGAUGCAACGUGGAGAAGGACUUCGCGGAACACUGACCACGUUCUACCGAAAGACAGCUGUCGGCGGCGAUCGUCAAUUUUCUCGAUUCAAGGUGAUCGUGACGGAAAUUUUAACCCAUCUGGUUUGGCGUUACGAGCAAGGUACUUCGAACGAGCAAUUUCUAGAUUUGAAAUCGAAGCUCGACAAAAUUCUACAGGACGUUGACUGGUCGGAGUUGAUUGCCGGAAAGUACCGAAUCUGCCAACUUCCGGUGCCUAAACUCACCAAAGCGAAUCUCUGGAUCAUCAUGUUGGUGCAGUAUUUCGAAGCGGAACUGGCGGAAGAUCAAAUGGGACCGGAAGAAACGUUCGACUACGUGACCAACCUGGGCACGCUGUUGAGCGUUUGCUUCCUGAAGCAGUUCCAGUUGCCGGCGUUUUUGAUCAAAUUUGUGCUGGAGGCCGUUGCGAAAUGCCACAACCACACCCUUUACAAGAACAACGAACUUGUGUACAACAAUCAGUUGCGCCAGCUGGUCCCAUCGACCAAUUUCAAAGCCGUUUUCGGACUCCUCCCGACCAGCAUUCCCCGACUUCGCUGGUUCCACCAACAGGCCAUCUUCCCGUACAAGGCGGAAUUCCAACGUCACCAACGCUUCGAAGCGCUCCAGGAACGGCUUCUCCCGGAGUACCUGCUAACCCCACAAAUCUUGACGUUCUUCCCCGAAGCAUACCUCAUAAAAACCCUCCUCUCGCGUGACAUCGACCUCACCGUGCUGACGAACGCUUGCCUCAUCCUGUCACGUGUUCAGCUGUCCGAAACCCACCUCGUCAAGCUCGUAACCUCGAAACUAACCUGCAAGAAUCGAGGACUCCGCUGGCCGCACUAUCUACGAGCAAUUUACGGAUCGCUGGCCGCACUCACGCCCGAAUCCCGCACGGAACUGGUCGGAUUCAUCGCGAUGAAGCUGUCCAACUCCAGUACGGAUUCGGAACCGGACGGCCUCGUGCUGCUGGUGGACAGUCUGGUGCGGAUUUUCGCCACCAACCCUAACCUCAAAGUGCCCGACGAUUGGAAGUUGCGACUCAGGGACAUUUCGGAUGGUUUUGAAAGUUGAAAGCAAAUAAAACCAGGGGAAAUCAUAUUUUGUAAAUUAUAAUUCUACAAUAAACGUAUUGCUGAAUUUGGACUCGGUAUUACAAAAAGCUCGUUCUAGAAUUAUAUUUUCCGCUAAAAAAUAUUCACUGCGCUGGGAAAAAAGAAAAGGUAAAUUACUGAACUUCUAUUGCUUGCGCCGGCGGCGCACUUUGAUUAAAAUUGGAACAUCAUGAUAGGCGUCGUUUAUGCGAUCUAUCUAAUGUUCGGAGUACCUAACUAAUUAAUUUCUUGCGUAGAGCGUCUAGAUUAUUUACAAAAGAAAAAAAAAGGUAGCGCGAAAUAAACCUAAAGUCGUCAUCGUUAUUUGAUUCGCGAAAGCUAUAGAAAAUAAUACAUUUAAGAAGAGGCUCGCCCAAAAAACGGAUGCGAAAAAUAAAAUGAAAUAAACACAUUUCUAAUUUGCACUGCGAAAUCAUACGAAAUGGUUCGAGUCGGGUUCAAAGUUCAGUUUGUGAUUAUCAUUUUUGUUUUAUUUGAUUUCUUUCUCAUGCUUUACAAUGUUAAGAACUGCGAUGUGGGGAGGGAGGGAACGGGUGAUCGAUGGAGGUGCAGCAUAUUUAACAAGAACUUUCAAUUUCUGUGUUUCUAUUGUUUCUGCUUGUGUUUCGUUCAACAGUUUAAGAUUUGGUGCGGUUCACAUUUGGUCGAGGAAGUUAUUUGAUCAAACUUUGCCGUCAUAGGCCUUUUUGGAAAGUGAGCUUCCGUAACGCAUUGGCUACCAAAGUCGACAUAGUCGACGCGCUUGGCUCAGCUGUCAAAG